GUCUGUGAAACUGAAAGAUGUCUUCGGCCAAAUCUGCAGCCAGAGACGCGGAGGCUGAUUGUCAUCAUUUCAUUGUGAAAAAUGAAUCAACCAAGUAUUUAUGUUUCACGUCUUGCGACAAAGAUUCAUGGAUAUUACAUGUAACAACUGGCAUUGAUGUGUGGCGACUGGCCAUGGACUCCUCACAGUUGGAAUCUCAUAGAGAUUUGGCAGAUGUGACUACAAAUGAGGCUUAUUUCUUAAGAUUCAGCAAUGCUUUCAGAGCUGGGGACAUUACAGUGACGCUCCAGAACCAUAAAGUCCUCCUGACAGUUGGAAGUGGUCCAAAUGCCCUCAGCUAUGACCUUUUUGAAGCCAGGGCGGAUGAGAGCAAAGCUGAUUUACAGAGGGCACUCUUCUACUUUGCAGAAUAUUCCAGUAAUUUGAAAAAGAAACUAACAGCAAAAGAAGAAGAGUUGGCAUUGCUGAAGAAACAGAGGACAAGUACCACUGACCAGGGCAACAUAUUACCAGAUUUUGAGAUGAAGAAGCAAUCAGGAAACCAGCCCAAGAUUGUCAAGCAACAAGGCCUCAGCAUAGUCAACCCUUCCAGUAAAAAGCGGAAAGCUGCCAAAGGGGUGGAGUUUGACUGAUGAAAAGAUCAAUACAUUUUAUGCUUGCAAUGAAUUUCAACAUGGACUCCUAUUAUAGCCACAGAGGUCUUUCAAUAUGGUUUUGAUGAAUCAUAGAUGUUGUUGU